AGUUAACAAGUUUAUUUAUAUUAUUACGUUUUAGAUAUAUAAAGUACAACUGACAGAUGGUUGGUAUAAAAUACCUGCUUAUGUGGAUCAACGAUUUCAAUAUUUUAUAAAGAAAGGAAAAGUUUCUGUAGGGCAGAAAUUAAUAAUAAGUAACAGUGAAUUAAUUGGAUCAGAAUCAGCUUGUAGUCCUUUGGAAGCAUCUCCAGAAUUAAUGCUGAAAAUAAGUACAAAUUCUAUGAGAAGAGCUCGUUGGGAUGCAAAAUUGGGAUAUUAUAAAUCUCCUAAGCCAUUUCCUGUUUCCUUUUCCUCUUUGUUUUCUGAUGGUGGAAUUAUUGGUUGUGUUGAAUGCAUAAUACAAAGAGUAUAUCCUUUAUUGUUCAUGGAAAAAUUGCAAAAUGGAAAUAUUAUUUUUCACAAUGAAAAAACUGAAAUGAAAGCAGCUGAUAAUCAUAUGAAAUUAAGAAAUUUACAACUAGAAAAAUUGUCAGUUUCAGUUCAAAAGGAAUUUGAAAUUUUACAAGAGAAAGAAGAAAAUAAGAAACUGAAGAAUAAUAAAAGAGACUGUCAAAUAAGUUUAUCUCAAGUUGAAGACUUAAAUACAGGAGAAGAGUUAUAUGAAGUUUUAAAAUGCUCAUCUGAAGAUGGAAUUUCUGAAGCAGAUUUAAAUGCUCGUCAAAGAAAUUUAUUAUAUGAAUAUAAAGAUAAACUUCAAAAUAAAAAUCAGGUGCAGUUCCAAGAAAUGAUGAAAAAGAAAAUUGAUGAAGCUUUGGAAGAAAAUAAGGUAUAUUAA